GUUUAAAUGCGCGGAGUGAAGACACCCACGAAAAACACGACGAGACUCCGUACUCCGGACAGACACUCAGGAAAAGACCCUCCUUGAGAUCCGGCAUCUUAACGAUCUGUUUGAGAAUACAGAGCAACAAGCUAAAGGGGAUUACUAUCGAUCGUUGGAUCAUUGUUUUAACGUAGUAAAGUAUUUACAGCCCAGAUUUAAAGAAUCAAAGGAACCAGCAGAACAGAUUCCCUCCAGCGAUCGGCGAAUUAAAAAACUCGGUGUGAUCGACGAACAAAACCGGCCUUACAGACUCACUGCCUUCGGGGAUGGGGCUUCUGUUCGCCAAACUGAUGACUGUGUUCGGAGACAGAGAACACAAAGUAAUUAUUGUCGGUUUGGACAAUGCCGGGAAGACCACCAUCCUCUACCAGUUUUUAACUAAAGAAGCCGUGCAGACUUCUCCCACAAUUGGCAGCAACGUAGAGGAAAUUGCUGUAAAGAAAACACGCUUCCUCGUCUGGGACAUUGGUGGUCAGGAGAGUCUCAGAGCUACCUGGAACUCGUAUUACUGUAAUACAGAGAUUGUCAUCCUGGUGGUUGACAGCACUGAUCGAGAACGCCUGACUGUAUCUAAAGAGGAGCUUCAUCGCAUGCUUGCACAUGAGGAUCUGCAGAACGCAUCCGUGCUGGUUUUGGCGAAUAAGCAGGACAUGAAGAACAGCAUGUCAGCUGCAGAGAUCUCUCGGAGUCUGACUCUCGGCUCACUCAACGCCCGCUCCUGGCAUGUCCAGGCCUGCUGCGCACUCACUGGAGAAGGCUUACCAGCCAGUCUAGAUUGGAUGCGCUCCCGUGUUGUGGCGAAUUAGUCCAGCAACGGUGCUUCUUAAACCUCUGGAACUGCUGAAAGAGAGACCAGGCCUACUUAAGACUUUCAUCCAGCUCUCAGUGCCUCUGUCUGAGUAAUCUUCAAAUGGGAACAUGCUUCAUCCACUUACUCUGGAUACCAGAACGAGCCUGGAGACUCUCUGUGUGUGUGAGAGAGAGAGAGAGAGAAUGUGUGUGUGUGUGUGUGUGUGUGUGUGUGUGUGUAUAAACGUUUGUGUUUGUACAUUAUGUGACUCCGUUCUAGAGGUCCACAUGUUUACAUUACUGACUUUUGCAAUGAUCUGACCUGAUCAUGAUGUGUUGUCACCACUGUAUUCACCUCCGGCUGUGCUGACGGCUCCGCUUCUCACGUGGAGUUAUUGUCUACAGGCAUCCCUCUCAAAGGGGUGGGGUGAUGGGUCACAUGCCUGUACUGAUUCAUGAUGAGCCACUAAGCUAUUGAACAAGCAUUACUUGAAGUAUUUAAAGGGAAUUGAUUUGUGUAUGUUCUAGAGAUGUGUGCAUGCAGAAUGGAAGUAUUCAGGUAUUUUAUUUUUGAAAGUAUAUUGGAUAUUCAUAGUAUGUUUCUUAUAUAAUUUUGUACAAAAAGAGUUUUGUACAAAUAAAAAUCUACUAAAACAUG